AUGCCAAUUUGCUUAUAUCUAUCUAUCUAUCUCAGUCUGCUUAUAUCUAAGUUUGCUUAUAUCUAUCUCAAUUUGCUUAUACCUAUCUAUCUAUUUACAUCAUCUGCUUAUACCUAUCCAUCUAUCUAUUUACAUCAGUUUGCUCAUAUCUAUCUAAGUUUGCUUAUAUCUAUCUAUCUCAGUUUGCUUAUAUCUAUCUAUCUAUAUAUCUCAGUUUGCUUAUAUCUAUCUAUCUAUCUCAGUCUGCUUAUAUCUAUCUAUCUAUCUAUCUAUCUAUCUAUCUCAGUCUGCUUAUAUCUAUCUAUCUAUCUAUCUAUCUAUCUAUCUAUCUCAGUCUGCUUAUAUCUAUCUAUCUAUCUAUCUAUCUAUCUCAGUCUGCUUAUAUCUAUCUAUCUAUCUAUCUAUCUAUCUCAGUCUGCUUAUAUCUAUCUAUCUAUCUCAUCUGUUCAUGUCUACCCAUCUAUCUCUGUUCAUUAUUUCUGUUCAAAUCUAUCUCAGUCUGUUCAUAUCUAUCCAUCCAUCCAUCUAUCUAUUUCAGUCUGUUCCUAUCUAUCUGAGUCCAUUCAUACCUAUCUAUCUAUUUAUCUAUCUAUCUAUCUAUCUAUCUGUUCUAUCUCAUAA